AUGGCUCCCACUGAGGCAGGCAGUCACCGAAACCAGUCGCCUUCGGCAUCAACUUUUCUGUCGACUUUGAUUCCUGUUGCUGUUGUUGCUGCAGUUGUUCUAUCAGUUUUCCUGAUCUUCCGUCCCAAAUACAAGAGAGUUUACGAGCCGCGUACCUAUCUGCCGCUCCUCAGGAANAUAGUGAGUUCAAUAUUUGUUCUGAGCUUCCCCUCCUCUCCUCUGACCGUCCAUAGUGAAUACACACCACAACCUUCGGACGCGAAGUUCGGAUGGAUCAAAAACUUCCGUGGUCUCAAUGAUGAUCACAUCUUGAUGCACUCUUCUUUGGACAACUAUCUUUUCUUGCGCCUGUUCAAGAUCCUCUUCACUAUCUGCUUGGUUGGUGCAAUCAUGACUUGGCCUAUCCUUUUCCCUGUUAAUGCCACUGGUAAGAAUGUUAUAGAGAUUCCUAGCCACACUAACUACUACUACGCGCCCGCCAUUCUUGCCUGGGUCUUUGUUGCAUUCGUCAUGAUUGUCAUCACCCGCGAGAUCAUCUACUUUAUCAGUCUUCGCCAAUCCAUCAUCACCUCGGUAGCUUACAGCAGUCGUCUGUCUGCCAGAACAGUCAUGUUCACCAAUGUCGCCGAAGAGUACCUCAAAGAGAGCGCCUUGCGUGAGCUGUUCAGCGGUGUAUCUCGUGUUUGGAUUCAGCCCAAUACUAAGGACCUUGACGACGUUGUCGACGAAAGAGAUAAAGCAGUGACAAAGCUCGAAGCUGCUGAGAACAAGCUCGUCCAGAAGUUCGUUAAAACCCACAAGAAAGCCGAGAAGAAAGAGAUUGACAAGACCCACAACGCCGACAAGGUUCCUGCUGUCUUUGUCCAGUUCGAGACUCUUGAAUAUGCCCAGGCUGCUCAUCGUCAGAUGUCAGGAACCAUGCAGAAGGUCAAGGGAGCCAAGCUCACUCCCAAGGUUGUCGGCGUUCAGCCUCAAGACGUCAUCUGGGCAAACUUGAACAAGAAAAACACAGUCACUCGCCUGAUUAUGAUUGCGUCGACCAUUUUUGUCGUCCUCAUGAUCGUCUUCUGGGCGAUUCCUGUCGCUUUCGUCGGUGCCAUCUCCAACGUCAAGACUCUCGAGACCAUUCCUGGCUUGACCUGGAUCAGCGCCAUUCCCGACGUUAUCCUCGGUGUCGUCACUGGUCUGCUACCCUCCGUUUUGCUCGCUGUACUCAUGGCUCUGGUCCCCAUCGUCCUGAGACUGCUUGCAGGCAUGUUCGAACCCACCAGAUCUACAGUCGAAUUGAGAGUCCAGGCUUGGUACUUCUCUUUCCAAGUCGUCGAUGUUUUCCUUGUCACCACCUUUUCAUCCGGAGCUGCCGCUGUUGCAAAGCAGAUUGUUGACCAGCCUGCAUCUGCACCUACACUGCUUGCUAGCAACCUGCCAACAGCAUCCAACUUCUACACCGCUUACUUUGUUAUCACCAUGUUGAGCAAAGCCGCUAUGCUCGUCCUCAACAUUGCUCCUCUAGUGUUCAUCGCCUUCCUGGGUAAGAUCCUGGACUCGACACCCCGCAAGGUCUACAACCGUUAUAUCAACCUGAUCGGCCUUGGCUGGGGCUCAGACUAUCCUGCCUUCGCCAUGCUGGGAGUAAUUGCUAUUGCCUACUCUUGCAUUGCCCCACUGCUUCUUGGGUUCGCAACAGUUGGCUUUGCUCUCUUGUACUUUGCCUACCGUUACCAGCUCCUAUACGUUAUUGGCAACGACUCGAUCGACAUGAAGGGCCGUGCUUACGCUCGUGCUAUGCAGCAGCUCACAGUCGGUGUUUACCUUCUCGAGUUCUGCUUGAUUGGUCUCUUCGCCAUUGGCAUCUCCUCGGACAGAGCUGCGAUUGGUCCUCUGAUCAUCACCAUUGUCCUUACAGCUUUCACCGUCAUCUACCAUGUCAUCUUGAGCAAGACACUUGGCCCUAUUGUCGACGGUACUGAGAUGAUGCCUGGAACCGAAGACAGCAGCAGAGGAUACUCUGCGGCAGAGAAGGAAGAAGGCAAGCCCAGCACCACCAGCAACCGCGAUACCUCGCCCACACUUGCCGGAUCUACCACAUCUCCCGAGCCUAAGAAAUCAGGCAUCAAGGGCAAGCUUCAGCACUUUUUCUUCAGCUCACGCUUUGCCGAAAAGUGGCUUACCGUUCGCAAGGAACUUGCUUCUCACUUCAACGAGCCUACUCGUCCUUACACUAACGAGGAGCUUGAGCUUGCUUUCCAGCCUCCAAGUUUGGCCAAUGAGCAACAGAUUGUGUGGAUUGCACGCGAUGAGUAUGGUCUGUCGUCGCAGGAAGUUGCUGGCUGCAAGGAGCACGACAUUGAAGCCACAGACGAGGAGGCUUCUUUGGACGAGAAGGCCAAGGUGCAGUGGAGCCAGGAGAGAAUUCGCCAGGCUCCCAUCUUUGAGGAGAAUGUUCCUUACUAA